GACCCAAACUUCUUAAAACACAUUCCACCGUCUCACAAGCAUAUACCCCAGAGCUACCGAGUGGUAUUUGGAGAGUAGAUUCGAACGUACGAUUCAAGCAAUGGCAUCGAUGACCAUGACAGCCACAUUCCACCCGUCCAUCGCUAAGCUUCCAUCAACCACCGGCGGACGAAGGCUCUCCGUGGUCAGAGCCUCGACGAGCGAGAACGCAACCAGCUUACAAGUCAAGGCCAAGGAGGAACAGAGCAGCACCACAAUGAGGAGGGAUCUCAUGUUCACUGCUGCAGCUGCGGCGGUCUGUUCCUUGGCUAAGGCAGCCAUGGCUGACGAGGAGGAGCCCAAGCGAGGUACCGAGGCGGCGAAGAAGAAGUACGCUCAAGUUUGUGUCACGAUGCCUACCGCCAAGAUCUGCCGCUACUGAUUCAAUGUCUCUCUUUCUCAAUUAAGUUUGGUAUGUAAUCAUAUAUAUUUGAUCAUUAUCUUUCUACAAGAAAUCGCUUUUCACCAUUCAA